GCUUGAGACGUGCGUGCGGAGAAGCCUUUGGUGGCAUCUUCCCAGAAUAUCGCAGCAGUUCGAACAGAACGGCUGUUUUGGACUCUACCGCAGAGUGGGUUAAAAAAAAAAGUGUGAGCCGGGGGAGGAAAAAGAUAAGAGCGGAUCGCACGAGAGCAUCCCAAGGAAUCCGCGCGCUCCGGAGUCCGAGCGCCUUCAGCACCACGGACAGGUACCACCUGCGCGGCCAAACUUCGCCCGGCGCCACCGGCCGGGGGGCCAAACGGGACUCCAGGCUCCGGCACCGAGAGCGGCAUCGCACGAAACAGAUCUCGACAACUGCAAUGAAAAUGUUUUUGAAGUUGGAGGAGGAUUUGAAGAUGAUCAAAAUGAAGAGUGUUUAGAACCCGACCAUCUUUUACCUGACGCAUCCAGCAGUAGAAUUGACCCAGUUUGCUCAUGUACAAGAUGAGUUUGCGGUUCCAGCUCCAUGGGGGACCUCUGUGCCUCCUCACACUGCUCCUCCUCCUUGUGCUGGUCCCAGAGGCGCUGCCUACUUCCAGCUACAACACCGGGACCAAGCGAGAAAUCAUAGUGGACGGGGACCUCGUGAUUGGGGGCCUCUUCCCCGUGCACCACAAGGGCGAGGGCACUGAGGACUGCGGCACCAUCAACGAACAGCGCGGCAUCCAGCGACUGGAGGCCAUGCUGCUGGCGCUGGACGAGAUCAACGGCGAUGACCGCAUCCUUCCAGGCCUCAAGCUGGGCGCACACAUCCUGGACACCUGCUCCAAGGACACAUACGCGCUGGAGCAGUCGUUGGAGUUUGUCCGCGCCUCUCUCACCAAGGUGGACGAGACCGAGUACAUCUGCCCCGAUGGAUCCUACGCCAUCCACGAUGACCUUCCGCUGGCCAUUUCUGGUGUCAUCGGCGGAUCCUACAGCGACGUCUCCAUCCAGGUGGCCAACCUGCUCCGACUCUUUCAGAUCCCCCAAAUCAGCUACGCCUCCACCAGUGCCAAGCUCAGCGACAAGACGCGCUAUGACUACUUUGCCCGCACUGUCCCGCCAGACUUUUACCAAGCCAAAGCUAUGGCUGAGAUCCUCCGCUACUUCAACUGGACCUACGUGUCCACGGUGGCGUCCGAGGGGGACUACGGCGAGACGGGCAUCGACGCCUUCCAACAAGAGGCCCGCGCCCGGCAGAUCUGCAUCGCCACGUCGGCCAAGGUGAGCCGCUCCAUGAGUCGCUGGAGCUACGACGGUGUCAUCCGCUCACUGCAGCAGAAGUCCAACGCCAAGGUGGUCAUCCUGUUCACGCGCAGCGAGGACGCACGCGAGUUGUUGGUGGCUGCCGCCCGCAUGAAUGUCACCUUCAUCUGGGUGGCCAGCGAUGGCUGGGGCGCGCAGGAGAGCGUGGUGCGGGGCAGCGAGCACGUGGCUGACGGGGCCUUCACCAUCGAGCUGGCGUCAUACCCCAUCAAGGAGUUUGCUGACUACUUCACCGGACUGAACCCCUACAACAACACACGCAACCCCUGGUUCCGGGAGUUCUGGGAGCACCGUUUCCAGUGCAGCCUCCACGAGCUCAGCUGUGGCCAGUACUCGUUGCGCGACGGCAAGUUCGAGCAGGAGUCCAAGAUCAUGUUUGUGGUCAACGCCGUCUAUGCCAUGGCCCAUGCCCUGCACAACAUGAGGCAGUCCGUGUGCCCCAACUCCACCAAACUCUGUGACGUCAUGAAACCGGGGAAUGGGAAAAAGUUCUACAAGGAUUAUAUCCUGAAAACCAAGUUUGACGCCCCGUUUCGUCCGGCCGACACGGAGAACGUCGUCCGCUUCGAUGCGUACGGCGACAGUCUUGGCCGCUACAACAUCUUCCAUUACCACAAAGAGAAUGGCAAAUAUAUCUACAGGAAAGUGGGAUACUGGGCGCAGGGCCUGGUGCUCAACACGAGCCUCAUCCCUUGGGACCCACAGGUCCCGCCCACCUCCCAGUGUAGUGACCCCUGCAGGAAGAAUGAGGUGAAGAGCAUGCAGCCCGGGGAUGUGUGCUGCUGGAUCUGCAUCCCCUGCCAGCCCUACCAGUACCUGCUAGACGAGUUCACGUGCAUGGACUGCGGCUUCGGCCAGUGGCCUUCGGAGAACCUGACGGGCUGCUUCGACCUGCCUGAGGAGUACAUCCACUGGGAGGACGCCUGGGCCAUCGGUCCCGUCACCAUCGCCUGCCUGGGCAUGCUCUGCACGCUCUUUGUCGUCGGCCUGUUCGUGAAGCACAAUGACACGCCGGUGGUGAAGGCCAGCGGGCGGGAGCUCUCCUACAUCCUGCUCAUGGGCGUGCUCAUGUGCUACAGCAUGACCUUCGUGUACAUCGCCAAGCCCUCGGCGGCUGUGUGCACGCUGCGGCGACUGGGCCUGGGAACCUCCUUUUCCGUGUGUUACUCUGCUCUGCUGACCAAGACCAACCGCAUCGCUCGCAUCUUCAAUGGCGUGAAGGAUGGUGCGCAGCGGCCUCGCUUCAUCAGCCCCACUUCGCAGGUGGUCAUCUGCAUGGCUCUCAUCUCCUGCCAGCUGGUUGUAGUGGUGGUCUGGCUGCUGGUGGAGGCGCCCGGGGUGCGCAAGGAGGUCAGCCCCGAGAGACGGGAUGUGGUCACCCUCAAGUGCAACAGCAAGGACUCCAGCAUGCUCGUGUCCCUCACCUACAACUGCGUGCUCAUAGUCCUCUGCACUGUCUACGCCUUCAAGACCCGGAAGUGCCCCGAGAACUUCAACGAGGCCAAGUUCAUCGGCUUCACCAUGUACACCACGUGCAUCAUCUGGCUUGCCUUCCAACCCAUAUUCUACGUCACUGCCAGCGAUUACAGGGUGCAGACCACCACCAUGUGUAUCUCGGUAAGCCUGAGCGGCUCUGUGGUGCUGGGCUGCCUGUUUGCCCCCAAGAUCCACAUCAUCCUGUUCCAGCCGCAGAAGAACGUGACCACGCUAAGGGUGGCCACCACCCGCUUCAGUGUGACCACGGGUCCCGGCUCCAGCUUCUCGCAAACUUCGGCUUCCAACUUCGUGCCAACGGUGUGCAACGGCCGGGAGGUGGUGGACUCCACGACCUCCUCCUUGUGAGGGAGCGGGACCAGGGCCCUUCUGCCAGACAGUCGCUAGUCCAGGAACCGGAGUCAAGUGUUGCACAUAUACGGGAGCGGUUCCGAUUUUGUCGUCAUCUAAGUGCUGUGAGUUCAAUGUCCCAAUUCUGUUUCAUCUUAACUCUGACUGGUAGCUAUGAAGAAAUGAAAUAAAACUUAAAAAAAAAAAAAAAAAAACUACAGA